GCGGCGCGAUGACGUCGCUGGUGACGCACGCGCGCGCGCGCGGCGGCGGUGGCGGCGGCCCGUCCGCCAUGUCGAAAACCGUGGCCUAUUUCUACGACCCGGACGUGGGGAACUUCCACUACGGAGCGGGGCACCCCAUGAAGCCGCACCGCCUGGCGCUCACGCACAGCCUCGUGCUGCACUACGGCCUCUACAAGAAGAUGAUCGUUUUCAAGCCGUAUCAGGCUUCCCAGCAUGACAUGUGCCGAUUCCACUCCGAGGACUACAUCGACUUCUUGCAGCGAGUGAGUCCCAACAACAUGCAGGGAUUCACCAAAAGCCUCAAUGCCUUCAACGUGGGCGAUGACUGCCCGGUCUUUCCAGGCCUCUUUGAAUUUUGCUCUCGCUACACUGGGGCCUCCCUGCAGGGAGCAACRCAGCUGAAUAACAAGAUCUGUGAUAUUGCAAUAAACUGGGCCGGGGGGCUGCAUCAUGCCAAAAAGUUUGAGGCCUCUGGAUUUUGCUACGUUAAUGACAUAGUUAUUGGCAUCCUGGAGCUGCUUAAAUACCACCCRCGUGUUCUGUAUAUUGAUAUCGAUAUUCACCACGGAGACGGUGUCCAGGAGGCUUUCUACCUGACAGACCGUGUCAUGACAGUGUCAUUUCACAAAUAUGGGAACUAUUUCUUUCCUGGAACAGGUGACAUGUAUGAAGUCGGUGCCGAGAGUGGCCGUUACUACUGUCUGAACGUGCCCCUACGAGAUGGCAUCGAUGACCAAAGUUACAAACAUCUCUUCCAGCCUGUCAUCAACCAGGUGGUUGACUACUACCAGCCCACCUGCAUAGUCCUGCAGUGUGGUGCUGAUUCUCUGGGCUGUGACCGUCUGGGUUGCUUUAACCUCAGCAUACGAGGACAUGGGGAAUGCGUGGAGUAUGUAAAGAGCUUCAACAUCCCCUUGCUGGUCCUGGGAGGAGGUGGCUACACGGUCCGCAAUGUGGCACGGUGCUGGACUUACGAAACAUCCCUCCUUGUAGAGGAAGCAAUUAGUGAAGAGCUCCCGUACAGUGAGUACUUUGAAUACUUCGCUCCCGACUUCACCCUUCAUCCUGAUGUGAGCACGAGGAUUGAGAACCAGAACUCCAGGCAGUACUUGGACCAGAUCAGGCAGACGAUAUUUGAGAACUUGAAGAUGCUGAACCACGCGCCCAGCGUGCAGAUCCACGAUGUCCCCUCCGACUUGCUCAGCUACGAUCGCACGGAUGAACCUGAUCCAGAGGAAAGAGGCUCUGAGGAAAACUACAGCAGGCCUGAAGCUCCCAACGAGUUCUAUGACGGUGACCAUGAUAACGACAAAGAAAGUGACGUUGAGAUCUGAGGGGCUCUGAUGUGGGCCUCUGGACCACGGGGGGGUCCCGCACUGGACACUGGUGCUCGCCCCAGCGAGCUGGGGCGCGUGUGGGCUGGCUCAGCCUCCCCUCACAUUUGGCCCCAUGUGGUGGCAGCAGAAUCGGUCCCACCAUGUGCUCCUGCUCCCUGGAGAGGCAGAGAGCAGUGAAACGUGGUCCUUGCUGCCUGCCGUGGACCAGGGUGCCACCCGUCCCCGCUCUGGGACAUGGACAUCCAGGCAGCGCUCGUGUCCGUACUGUAGACUCUGGCUGGCAGCCGUUCAACUACCUUCAGAGCCGGCUCUGCCCUGGCUCCGUCGCCUCCCUCGACUCCGGGGCGGCUUCUGCCGGAAAGGUGGGAGCCGGAGCGCUCGUGCCUACAAUCCCUGCCUCUCUCCAGCAGCAUCCUCUGACCCCUCCUGGUUUCCCUAGCCCUCCACUCAGGUACCCAAAUCAUCGUCCUCCGAUGCCUGCACUGAGGGCUGCUUCCCGAUAACCUUUCUGGCCGCCUGAUGCUCCCCAGCUCCCGGAGAACCGUUGGAGAGGACGAGGCCAGUUCUGGGCUGGGGGGGACCGGAGCAGGGUAGAAGGAUGUGUGUGCAGAGAGUAGUCUUGUUCGCUGUCCCCGUACUGAGUUUUGCAUUCACCAACAAGUACUGGAGCAUUUGCCAACUUGGACCUACCUGCCCUGGUUUUCCUCAUUCUUUGAGAAGCUAAAAAGCCUGUGGAGCACAGGGUUGGUUGCCAAGGUCAGUA